AUGCACAGCUCAAGAGGUGGCAGGUCGCUCCUAAGUCUGAAUCAGCCCGGGGUGUGUCGCUACGGUUCCAAGCUUGACUGCUGUCAUGGCUGGAAGAGGAAUAGCAAAGAACAUUGUGAAGCUACUUGUGAACAUGGGUGCAAAUAUGGUGAAUGUGUAAUGGCAAAUAAAUGUAAGUGUUUUCCAGGAUUCACAGGGAAAACCUGCAGCCAAGAUAUCAAUGAAUGUGGAUUGAAACCAUAUCCUUGUGAACACAGAUGUAUGAACACACAUGGCAGCUACAAGUGCUAUUGCCUGAAUGGGUACAUGCUUCUGCCAGAUGGCACUUGCACAAAUUCCAGGACAUGUGCCAUGGUGAAUUGCCAAUACGGCUGUCAAGAGGUGAAAGAUGAUGUGCGAUGCUUAUGCCCAUCAAGUGGGCUGCAGUUAGCACCAAAUGGAAAAACAUGCAUAGAUAUUGAUGAGUGUGCCACUGGCAAAGCUAUUUGCUCUUUCAACCGCAGAUGUGUCAAUACAUUUGGAAGUUACUAUUGCAAGUGUCAGAUUGGAUAUGAACUGAAACAUGUGAGUGGUCGAUAUGACUGUUUAGAUGUAAAUGAAUGCGUAACAAAUAUACCCAAGUGUAACUUCCACGCAGAGUGUCUCAAUACUCAGGGAUCCUUCAAGUGCAAAUGUAAACCAGGCUACAGAGGCAAUGGGUUUCGUUGUGCUGUUAUUCCUGAUAAUUCUGUUAAAGGGGUACUCAGAAUCUCUGGUAUUGCCAAAGAGAAGCUCAAGAAACUGCUUGUGCACAAGAACAGUAUGAAGAAGCAUGAAGACCAAAGAAAUGCAAUUCCCGAACCUCCUAUGACUCCCACUUCUAAGGUUUAUGUAAGACCCGUAGACAAUGAGGAUGGUGUAUAUGCAGAGGAUGCCCUCAGUGAACAGAGACAAAGCACUGUAGAUAUUAGAAGAGAUGGAAAUGUAAAAGAAAAAGGAGAUGUGAAAGAAGAAGGGCAAAAGGAACACCCAGAAAACCAGACUGGUCAUGAGAAGACGCUCCGAGGAGAUGUAUUUUACCCACCAACUAAAGAAGCUGCUGCCUUUGAUCCAAUUCCAGGAGAAAGAAAAAUUCCAGUCCAGAAAGCAGAUAUGGAAGUGGAUUGCAGCUUUGGUCUAGGGUCUUGUGCCUGGCAGCAAGAUGCAAAUGAUGACUUUGAUUGGAAUCCUGCAGAUCAUGACAAUGGUGAUGGAUAUUAUAUGACAGUACCCGCCUUCAUGGGACACAAGAAAGAUGUUGGUCGUUUGAAGCUUCUUCUCACAGACCUCAAGCCAAGGAGCAUAUAUUGUUUGAUUUUUAGUUACCGACUUGCAGGAGAAAGGGUAGGGAAGCUACGGGUAACCCUAGGCAGCAAUGGUAGUAGUCCUUCCUGGGAACAGAACAUGGGAGAAGAUGAAUGGUGGAAAACUGGACAAAUUGAAAUACGCACAGCAGCUGAAACAGCAAUGAAUGUCACCUUUGAAGCAGAACGUGGGAAAGGUAGAACUGGAGAAAUUGGAGUGGGCACUGUUGUCCUGUUUUCUAGUCUUUGUCCUGAAGAUCACUUGACAUUGGAUAUCUGACUUCUUGUUUUAUUUGCUAUAAUAUUAAUUGUUGUGCUAAU